UUAACGUUAAAUGGACACAUAGUCACCGCACCGCACGUGGUCUAACAGCAAGCCUAAUCUUUUGGAAAUUCCGCGGCCAAAUCGAACCACCGACCGAAACCGCCGAGUGGUAUCUGUUCGGCAUCGUUUCCCCCGUGUUUUCAGUCUGCAGGGGCGCAGGACACUGCGCGAGGACGUGCCCCUGAAGCAAAAACGUGCAACAUGGCGCCCAAUGGUGCCGACUUUUCUGACGACCAGGAACACUUUGCCCUACGCAGCGCCGACGGAAAAUUGCGCAUUUUCGAGACUAAGAGUAGCAAGUUGAGACAGGAGUACGUGCCCGAGGGACACUUGAACCACAGGAUCCACUCCAUUCACUGGUUCAGCACCUCGUCUAAGUUGCCAUCAGCGCACUCGGCCAUCAAAAGGAAUAAAAAACGCAAAGUCGAUGUCGAAGACAGUCCCAAGAAAGAAGGCGUGCUCGUUGGCCUUGACAGCGGCUCCAUCAUCUUCUACAAUAUCAACACAGCCGAAGUGUCCGGAAAAUUGAGCAGCAAUGUGAACAGUCCGGUCACAGCGAUCGCCACGAAGGGGAAUGAUGUUUUUGCUGGUUUAUCCAAUGGCAUCAUUGUCCGCUGGAAGCUGGGUGAUAAAUUGGAAAUGAGCACCUGGAGAGCGAACGCUAGAGCCCCAUCACCGGUCUCUGUGCUCGUCGUGCACCCAACUAAGCCUUGGCUGAUCAGCGCGUCAAGAACAAUCUCUGUUUGGGACUACGAGAAGAAAGAGGCUCUGCAAACAUUUUCGGGCCAUCUAAAUCCUGUCCGGCAGCUGCUCCUCACUCCAAGUGGCGAGCACUUGGCCAGCAUAGCUGAAGGGGAAAGAAACGUCAAUGUCUGGCCUGUUGGUAAAGUUAAUCAGAAGAAAAGUGCUGCUCAAGAUGAAUGCAUUGCUACGUUUGUUUUGCAAGACUUCCCCAUACAAAUUGACCUUGCCAUCUCCGGCGUGGAUGGCUCCGUCAAAUUGUCUGCGGUGACUGAGGAGGGAUCGCUGUGCAUUUUCUCAGAAACGCUGAAUGGGAAAUGCAAAACUCCUUCAAAGCCUAGUUUAACCAUUCAAAUCGCCACAAAUGAGGUUACUGCCAACUCUGACAUUGAGUUGCUCCGCAUAUUAGCUGCCAAGUUCCCUAAGAAUGCUAAUGAAAUUUUUAUAGCCUACGGAGAAGCUCACAUACUGUGUUUUGAGAAAACGGAUAUUUCAACAAAGAAAGAAGCUAUCUUCCUUAACCGAAAGCAUCCUAGAAAGUCUCACUCUGAUAAGGAGACUAUAUCUAGGGUUGUAGGCACUGCUAGCGAGGCACAAUACAUGACUGCUGCGGGAACUAAAAGGCCCGUCUCUUCCAAGCCGAUUCACCUGUCUAUGGAGGACAGGCUGAAGAACUUGUCAGUUGAGAUCGCAGGCAACGACGAAUCGCGAAUCCCCAGCGGCCCAGCUUCAAGCAGCCUUGCGGAACUGCUCCAGCAGGGACUGCUGAGCAGUGACAAAGUUUUGCAGAAAGAAAUUCUUCUGAAGAAGGACCAAGCGGUCAUUGCCAGCACUGUUGCCGAACUGCCUGUGAAACUCGUGCCCAUGCUGGUUCAAGAAUUGGCUGUCCUUGUGCACUGGAGCGGCUGGAAAGGUGAAACAGCCACAAAAUGGCUGACGGAGGUGCUAAUGCACCACAGCUCGCUCGUUCUGGGCAGUCCUCAACUCUUGACAUUAAUCCAGCCAAUCCUUGGACUUGUUGAGGCGAGGCUUGCUGGUCUGCAAAAUUUGCUGCGGCUCAAAGGGAGACUUGCCUUGCUGAUGGCCCAAAUGGCGCUUCGAGGAAAGAUGAAAAAAAUGAGCCCCAAACAAAAUAAUGUCACAUCAUACGACAUUGAAGAUGAUUCAGACGAAUCAAGUGAUGAGGAUAAUUUGAUAAUAGCAGAUUCCAUGUCAGGAGAGUCUGAUGAGGAUGAUGAAGAAUUUGGUAACAAUGUUAGUGGUGAAGAAGAAGACGAUGAUGAGUCGGACGAUGCUGAAGAAGUGCUUGGUGCAUCCAGGGUUAGAUGCAAAAGGAAAGAGGAUUCCGAUGAUGAAAUGGACUUGGAUUGUUAAAUUUCCUCAGAAAGCUCACUAAAUGAAAAUUGCCUCUGCAUUUGAAAUUGUGUCUUGUGAUGAAUUUCGCAUCAUCAUCUCUAAAGAAAUUAUUGCUUUUCAAACACCCGGGGUAUAUUUAUUUUGUGACAAUGCUUGAUGUCCAGGAUACAUUUUGUAAAACAUUUAUCCAUUAAAAAUUUAUUUUGAUGGGUAAUUUUUAUUACAAUUGUAUGGAUUGUAGUGACAUGCUUCCUGCAAGAACAACUAUUAAAAAAUUGAAUUAUAACUUGA